UUCAAAUACCAAGUGUUAGAUAGAGGGAGCCAGGGAGAGCAAGCGAGCGAUGGAGGGAAGUAGGUCAAACAGCGAUUUGCAGAGCAUUAUCGAUGCCAUUUCGUCCUCCGAUGUCGUCGAGAGUCGUAUUCAGCUGCUCAAGAAACUGGAGGAUUUGGAUUUAUCUUGUAAAUCAGAGUUGAUUUCACUAGUCGAAAGCCUUACAAUAUUUUGGGAGGAUUUUACCUGUUUGGAUGUGACGCAAUGCUUGUUGAACAGAACGAUACUACUAGUGGCUGUAAAACGUAUAGAGGACAAAGCCGAUUGUCUAGCACAGUUUCUCACACUCGAAGUUAAGGCAAGUGUCUGGUGUAGAAAGCAUCUAAAGAUGACGCUUAUGUCAAUCCAGGAGUCACAGGAAGAAGAGCAUUCCAACCUGUUUUUUCAGCUUCUUUUGGAUGCAGUGAAAUUUUCUGCUGCCAGUUUUUCAGCUUUGGCAAGAUAUCCUCUUUCGGAAGAUAAGGCGUUGAUGAAUACGGUUGAGAAUUUCAUACUGGAACAGCUGAAUUUAAUGAAUGAAUCGGUUUCCGAAAUUCAGAGGAUUCGUGAAUUUGGCCCAGAAAUAUUGAAAGCUGUGCAGAUGGUCAUUGAUGCGAUGAUAAAAUUUUGCGAAGUUCACUCUCAAGCCCUAGAUCGAGAGUUCUCUGGUGAAGACUUUGAUUUAACCAGCAGUGCUGUUAACCAUGUCAUCAACGUGCAUAAGUAUAUAAUUGAGAAAUUAUGCGAACUGGGCACCAUUGCUGCCAAAGGUGGUGGAGGAUUGGUGACAAUUCUCAACGUGUCAUGGAAAGGAGUGUUUACCUUGCUUCAACUUGGGAAUGGGGUGUUAGCAUCAAAGGUGAACAUAGCAGGCAUUAUUCUAAAUCUAGUUUCACUUGUUAUGGAGCCUCUGAAAUGUGCAGCAGCCACUUGGUCUUCUGUAACUAAUGAAGCUGUCUCUGCAAGUGAAGCCAGACGGAUAUUUCUUCCAGUUAAAUUUUUCUUGAUUAAUGCUGUGAAAAUAUCAUGCCUCUAUCCUUGCCAGGCAUAUCUAGUACAUAAGGAGAUUAUUCUUUGUGUUCUUACGAUCUCGACAUAUAAAGUUUCGCUAAGCAAUGAAAAGUUACUGGGAACUGUAGCUGAAGCAAUCGCUGAACUUUUGGAGACAACGUGCUUGGAUUUGGUCAAGUGUAUUCUAAAUACCACCGAUCUAAAACAAGACCUGAAACUUGGGAUUAUGGAUUUGUUAUUCACGAGUGAAAGGUGUUCUCAUCCAGAUGGAGAUCCCAGCAAUUGUUUUAGGAUUGAUCCAAUGUAUGGAAUUUUUAACACUAAUUGUGAAGACAUGAAGGAUGCCAAAACCUUAUUGCUUGGUCGCAUUAAUUUUCUACUUAAUCUGCUGAGGCAUUCUUUCGAUCUCAGUGAUGAUACAAAACUACUGAUCACGACAAAACUCGAUGGGCUCUUGGACAUUUUAGUUCAAGAAGAUGUAUAUGCAUCAGUUCUUCUCCUGCAAGUUCCUUUCUUGUAUUUCUCUGGAAAAACUACAGAGCUAAAAUGGCAGCCUCUGUUCUCUUCUCUGGUGCAUGCAUUGAAGACUUUCAUGGUUGCAGUCUCCUCGAGCUGUGCUUGGCUGGAACUGCAAUCCUUCUUACUUGACAAUCUCUUGCAUCCUCAUUUUCUUUGCUGGGACAUUGUUAUGGAACUGUGGUGUUUUAUGCUGCGCUAUGCAGAUGAUGGGCUGGUGAAUGGUGUCAUCUCUAAUCUUUUUUCAGUAAUGAAGUUUUUGGCAUCAUCAGAACUAGUUCUUGUUCACAGUUCUGCAUUGAGAAAAAUGGCUAGGUGUAUAACGAUGCUACUUACAUAUGGUGCACAUUCUAAACUAAAUGAGAUUUCUGAGUCUAUUUUUAUUCAGGACAAAUCUCGGUCAUCGACAGUGAUAUGGGCUGCCUUGAUCUUGGAAGGCUUUCCCCUCAACUUACUCUCUGAGAAGAUUAAAAAUAUUGUUAUUCAGAGUAUGAUUCACGAUUACUUGAAUUUCAUUGGGAGUUUUGACGAGACUUCAAUGUUAGCUCUCUCUUCUAGGGUAAUUGGGCUGCCAGUAUUUUCUGCAUCUACUACAAUCCAAUCCAUCAAGUUAAGCACCUCUGAUAUUGAUGUGAGAACGUUGAAGUUCUUACUUGCUCUUCUCCGUAGCUACAAGCUUUCUGGAGUCGAAAAGGUGAAGGGAUUCUGCAGAAAACUAAUAUCUGAAACAUUGGUGAUCAUCUCGUGCAUGAAACAUCUUUAUGCAUCUAAUGAGAUGGAGGAGGUCAUCUUGGAACUGGAAAAGCUUUUUAUCUCAGGACCAACGGCCUCAGAUGCUCUGUUAUAUGAAUGCAAAUCAGGUUUGGUUCCUUUCUUGGCAGGACUUGCACACAUUAAAAUGAUAGAAACCAAUGAUAAUGCAAAAAGCUGUGCUGUGUGGGAGUUAUAUCAUAUGUUAUUUAAAGAGCGGCAUUGGGCAUUUAUACAUUUGGGGCUAACAGCUUUUGGAUAUUUUGCCGCACGUACUUCUUGUGAUGAGCUGUGGAGGUUUGUGCCACAGAAUGCAGCUCUUUCCUACGAUUUAGAAUCAGGAAAACAUGUAAAUGAAGAAGGGUUUAUGUUAGAGUUUAAAAUAUUUCUUGAGAAGGAAAUGGCUCUCCUCACAGUAACACCGAGCGCAGAGCAGCUAGCACUGCUUAUGAAAGAAGGGCUACUGUUAAAAGAUAAGUUCAAUACGUUACUAAAAUCAUGUGGAAAGGGUAUCGAAUGUAAGAGCAUGGAGAUUGACGAAGGACCAUCUAGCAGGAAAAGAAAGCUUCCUGAGGGGAUCAGCAAGGGAAUGGAAUUGCUAAAGAAUGGAUUAAAGUUUAUGCGCCAGGGUCUCUCACUGUUGGAGGCAAAUCAUGUCGAUUCCAGAGAACUUCAUAACAAGCUUUUGAGUCACUUUUCUGGUCUUGAAGAUGAAAUAGAUCGUCUAGACAGCCAGGGUGGGGUUUAUUAAGUCAACCUCAAUUCCAAAGACCCAGAAAAAUCCAAGAGUAUGGCUUGCGUCAGUGAUUUAUGUUCGUGCUAUCCUUCUAUUGCAGAAUGAACCGAAUGCCAGUUUCCAUUGUGUUCAUCAGUCUUAACAUAAUGAACCGUAUUGAUUCGAGCUUCUGUGGUGAGGCCGAGAAGUAGACUGCCUUAUAGCUUUCUUUGGUGCCAAGGUCUCAGAAAGGUUUUUUGCUACUCGUCUCGGUAAUCAUCUCUCCAAAAGUUGCUAGGUUCGUUCACGAUUGAUGUUGGUUACAAAUCAUUUCUCUUUUAAGAUCACUCGAACUUUCUAUGAGAAUUAUUUCUGCACCGAAACCAUUGAUGGCAUUUCACUGCAUGGGCCAUUUCAGGCACUAGAAUUAGUAGAGCACUUGUCGACUGUAGCAAAGCUUGGGAGAAAGUAGAAACGAAUUAUAGGAUUUCUUGCACGUGUUGCAUUUCUGUGCAGAAAUUGAGGCGUCAAUCCAGUAUUAAUGAUAAGGCAACUGUGACGGACACCAUCUUGUAUUCUGAGCUUUCAAACCUGAAAAUGUCAUCGGAGAUCUCGAAGAUUUUUAGCAGGUGGUUUCAGUGGACCCAAUCAGUACAGAUCAACUGUAUGGCAUAGAAUACGAAGUCCGUGUGAUCAAUGGCUUCACAAACAACUCCUCACUGCCUCUGGUGAUAUGGUGCGCAUCCGAAGACAGUGAUAUCGGCGGGCGUGCGCUACAGGAGCACGAUGAUUUCAGUUGGCUCGUCAAGACCAACUUCUGGAUUACUACUACCUCGCAAUUCUCAUGCACUGUCAAAUUGGACCACACAAGGAAGAGUUUCGAUGCAUUCAAGGUACCAAGAGAUAUUUACCGCUGUAGUGCUUUCAGGAAAUGCUCUUGGUUGGUUAUGGAAGAUGGAUUCUAUUUCAGUGACGACGAAGUAAACUGGAGGAAGGAGUUCUCGUGGUAAAUCCAUUCCUCACCAGACCCAGCUAAGUUCACUCAACUCUGUUCUACUUCUCUACUAGUUUUUACUUUUACUGUCAUGGUUUUGGCCUAGCGUAGUUGAGGAAUGGAUUACUAUUUUGAGUUAUAUAAAUGCGAGCGUAGCAAAGCAAUUAGAAUACCUCGAUUAUCUUAGCGCAACAUCAUCUAGUAAAAUUCCCUUUUUUCUUUGUUUCUUUUUUAAUGAUUUGGGUAGAUCAAGUCUGUCUAUAUUACCGGUGUACCGUGUACUUUUUGAGUUUAUUAAUAAUAAGUAAUGUUUGUUCAA